AGACAAAGUAACAUUUUGAAAACGAUGACGAAGUUCGGCAAUAAAAAAAUGUAUGGGAUGACAUAAGCCUUCGCUAAAUCACGUGAUCGAUCGAGAUCGAUAACAAAAUUGGUAGACAAUGUUUACAUUCAUGUCGAAAACGAAACGAAAUCGUCAAUUAGCGAAUUGUUUAUUCGCCUAUUUCAAUACAAAUGCGUAGCCAAGAGGCACUUUUGACGUUCGCUUUCUCUUCGGGAGCGAUCAUUCGAUUCGACAUGUGUUCGCCAUAAUAACGAAAGCUUGGGGGCUGUCGAUAUCGCUACAAAAUGGCCGAAAAUUACAGUCAGCUGUGAUUUGUGUACAAGGGCUACGUUGCGUUAAUACAGUUUUAUUUAUAUAAAAAUGCAUUCUUUACGUUUAUUGUGGGCUGCACAUAAUGAGAAUACCUGGGUGAGGCGUCAAAGGCGAUUUUCAUCAAGAAGACAUAUGGAAACGAUUGAAGAUAUGCCGGAAUUGUUGUUUAAACAACAUUUCAGGCUUGAUAAAAAAACUUUUCGACGAUUAUGCGACGAACUAAAAAGAUAUACUGGAUUGAAAGGAUCCAAUGAAAUUUUCCUGGAAGUGAAGGUGCUGUGUACUCUAAGCUUUUUAGCCACAGGGUCAUACCAGACAAUUGUAGGUGUGGGACAAUAUAUGACACAGCGGACUACAAGUCGCUGUGUCAGGGAGGUUGUGAAUUCUUUAAAUCACAAUUGGAUGGUCAGCAGGUGGAUAGUGUUUCCACAAACACCACAUGAGAGAUCUUUAAUCAAAGAGAAAUUCCAUAUAAGACAUAAUUUGCCUGGAAUUAUUGGGUGCAUUAAUUGUACCCAUAUAGCUAUAGUAAGACCAGAGGAGGAUGAAUAUUCAUUUUUUAAUAGAAAAGGAUAUCAUUAAUUAAAUGUUCAAGUGAUAUGCGAUUUCGAUUUAAAAAUAGUUAAUGUCAAUUCAAAAUUUGGUGGUGCUACACAUGACUCCCACAUAUGGUCCGCUAGUCAUGUAGAGACUUUCAUGCGAGGGCUUCAUGAAAGUGGUGAACAUGUUUGGUUAUUAGGGGAUUCUGGAUAUCCACAGCGACCUUGGUUGAUGACGCUUAUACUAGAUGCUGAACAAGGGUCCCAAGAAGAAAUAUAUACCAGACGUCAUGUGCAAGCCAGAUCUCGCAUAGAACGAUGUUUUGGAUUACUGAAGGCUCGUUGGAGGUGUAUGCUUUGACACCGUGUUCUUCACUAUCAGCCUUACGUGGCUAGCAGAAUUAUUAACGCAUGUUGUGUAUUGCAUAAUAUUGCAAUACAUGCUAAACUACCUGCUCCAACAGAUAUGCCAGCUGAGGCUCUUGAUGGUAGUGAAGAUCAAAGUAUACAGCAUAACACCUCUACAACCAACACUAAUCAAAACGAGUUAAUUCGAGGAAGGGCUAUGUGAAAUUAUCUAGUCAGUAGAAUGCAGCAUUCUACUGACUAGAUAAUUCUGUCUGUAUAUAAUUUAUAGUUUCAUUUUAUUUAAGCUUAAGUAUAUUUUUUUAAGUUAGUAUCAAAUGAAAAAGAAAAUAAUAAUAAUAAUAUAACAAUUUUAAUAAGUA